AUGCCUGACCCGGAGGACAAAGGGCCGAUCCCCCGCCAUGUGCAGAAGCAAAGGAAACUCCUGUGGGAGGGCCGUAGGGUCGUGUCACAGAAGCUGUUCAUCUUACGAGCUCCUACAUAUCGGGCGCGCGAGCUUGGCAGGUUAAUGAGGUCCUACGGGGGGUUGAUGCAGUCGUCAGGAGCAAUGCAAGUGUUCUUGUGCAUGUAUAAGGAAGCUCAAGGGAAAAAUAAUUACCCACCAGUCAAAAGAGAGGUGUUAGAGUUUACGAGGCCGACUAAUAGAAGCGCGAGCAAACGAAUGACUCAAAGCGCGAGCAAACGAAUGACUACGACAACGACUGAGGUGCUCGAUAACAACAAACGUAUGGUAACGAUAGAACUGUAUAGUACCAAGGCAUCAACUCCGCAAGGUAACAUGUCCGAUAAAUCUCGACACAGGGUAGGCGGGGAGCUGACUUUACUACAAAUAUCGGGGGACCCUUAUAUCGAGAUAUCUAGCGAGGUGAUGCAAGGUCACGCGAGAAUACUCUCGUGUGAAACGAAGUGGUGGACCUUGGGCCAAGGCGCGAGUGACCGAGGCAACUUCAAGGGCAGCGACGAAGGCCCUGACAAUAGCGGCGAUGAAGGUGACGAGUGCUAA